UGUUUACGGUGGAAGUGAUGUUAGUUGUCGACUCGAGUAAGUGCCAAUAAAUUAGUAACAGCUAAAAUAACUAUCGAACGUGUGAAGAUAAUAUAACAAGUAAGCAACAAACAAGAGCUCUGCACAGAGCAUCUGAUAAUGAAAGCGUUUGCUGGGUAGUUAGCUAAACUAGCUAAUAUUCCGGGUAGCCGUUGGGAACUGCUGAAAACGUUUCAGGCGCGAAUAAGAGCUUGCUUUCUAUACAAUAAAACAUGGUGUCUUCACUGAUAGUCCCAGUUAUCGAUGUCCAGAAUGAUAACUUCAAAGAGCUUUGGCCUGCCAUGGUGGUCGCUAUUAAGACGUCGUCUUUCGUUGCACUGGACACGGAGCUGAGUGGUCUUGGAAACAGGAAGUCCCUACUGGCUGAAUCUAUAGAGGACAGAUACAAAGCCAUAUGCCAUGCAGCUCGCUCUCGCUCCAUUCUCUCCCUGGGAAUCUCCUGUUACAAGAAACUGAAUGACAAGGCUGCAGACACAUACCUGGUCCAGGUGUAUAACCUCACCCUGCUGUGUUCAGAGGAGUACAUCAUAGAGCCUCAGUCAGUCCAGUUCCUGGUUCAGCAUGGCUUUGACUUUAACAAGCAGUACGCCUAUGGAAUCCCAUACAACAAGGGCAAUAAUAAGGGAGCAUCAGACGACCAGGGCGUCCACAUCCGGGCCUUAUUCACUGAACUGCUGCGUGCCAGGAAGCCUCUGGUGCUCCACAACGGCCUCAUUGACAUGGCCUUCCUUUACCAGAGUUUCUAUGCACAUCUGCCCGAGCGCUUGGCCACCUUCACAGCCGACCUGUCUGAGAUGUUUCCUGCUGGUAUCUAUGACACCAAAUAUGUCACUGAAUUUGAGCUCCGGCUCACUGCAUCCUAUCUGGAGUACGCCUAUAAGAAAUGUAAGCUGGAUAACAGUCGCAGUGUGACCUCUGGAGGGGCCGGGCCUCGCGUUUAUGUAGAGUUCUGUCAGUAUGCUGGCCACAUGUCCAGCUAUGUGGACUACAGAGUAUGUCCAGCUGUGGCCUCUGCUGAGGGACAGACUGACAUCUGCCAGCGCUUCUCUGCGUUUGGCUGGUGUCCUAAUGGCACCCAGUGUCCAUUAUCCCACGACACAGACUUGAUCGUCCUCCAGGAUGAGAAAGGCGCAGGGGACAAGAGAAGAAAAAGGAAGAGACAUAGAGAGAAGAAGAAAGGUAAAGGCGGGGCAGCGGAGGGAUCUUCCAUCUGUGACGAUGGCCCUGGAAGCAAAGUACCCCACAUGGAGGUGGAUCCCAAAGAAGCAGCAGAUGACCAUCACGGGGCUGAGCAGUGCCCAGACAGAGGGCUUAUAAUGGACAGUGAUGGAAACACGCAACCGAAUGAAGGAGGGGACAUGAAGUCAAGCAGUGAGGGGAACGGAGUAUGUGAAGACAACCCAGACUUUGGAGACACUGCAACAACAGCCACAACUGAUGAUGACACAACCACAAAACCCAGCACAGUCGAUGGUGCAGACAACGGAGGGAGAGAAAACGUUAGUGACCACCCACCUAAGACAGACGAUCAGAAGAAGAAGAACGACGCAGGAACACACCGAGCGGGAUUUGAUGCCUUCAUGACGGGAUACAUUUUUGCCCACUCAUGUGUCCUCAUCAAGAAGGAAGGAGCGGGAGCUGUAGAGACGGAAAAGGAGGAGGAGCAAUCGUGGCUUCCUACGUGUCUCAAUAAGGUCUACCUCAGCGGCAAGGCGGCUCCUCUCAACAUAGUUAAAAGCACCUUCUCUAAAUCGUCUAAGGCCCAUGUGCAGAAGAUGGAGAUGGUUUGGGGAGGGAAAAUGUAGUAUGCACACUUGUAUACAGAAUUUAUGGUGUAUACAUAUGCAGGUUUACAAUUUUAUUUUCUUCUACAUGCAUAGCAAUGUUGGUCCAACACUUUGGUCUGGACUGAAAUAUCGCAACAGGUAUUCACUGGAUUGCUGAGAAUUUUUGUACAGACAUUAAUGAUCCUCAGAGGAUGAAUCCUGCUGACUUCAGUGACCCCCUGACUUUUCUAUCACCAUGAGGUGUACAAUUGUGGUUUUUAGUCAAAUAUUUUGAUAAUUAUUAAAUAGAUUGCCAUGAAAUUUGGCAGAGAAGUCCAUACCUUCCUCUGGCUUUUUUGGUCUGUUUUAAGAAUAGGAGACAAAAUCAGGGGUAAUGGUCAAUUUAUGUUCAUGGCAAGAAACGUUCAGUCUGACAAUCUAGGGAGAUGUUUCAUCCAUUUCGGUCUGUUUCUCCUGCUCCCAUAUUGUUUUUAUUUCUGUACAUUUUUCACCCACUAAUUAUCCUGCAAAUACUCAGAUGUUUUCAUACAUAGAUAACGACAUUAGUGACUUGAAAAUUGUAAAAGCAGCAGUACAUUGCAUUGCAGAGGCACCUAUUUUAAUUUAGUAUUGAGCCAGUAUUUGUAGGGUUUCUCUGAAAACAGCCAAAGUGAGAUAAUGAUUGAUAUGCAUUUAUCCCACAUUUCAGAUUUUCUAUACUUGUUUCUGAAAUAAGUUGUGGAAAAUAAACUGAUGUUCUCAAACAAUGA